GGCGCCCCUCCUGCCGCCCCCCGCCCGGCCGCGCACUCCGCUUCCGGCCGCUCUCGCUGCGGCCGCACCCGUGCCCGCGCCCGCAUGGAGGGCGCAGGGCCCCGGGGGGCCGGGCCGGCGCGGCGCCCGGGAGCCAGGGGACCGCCGCCGCUGCUGCUGUCGCUGCCGCUGCUGCUGCUGUGGCUGCUGCCCGACCCAGGGGCGCCUGAGGAGCUGAACCCGCGCGGCCGCAACGUGUGCCGUGCGCCUGGCUCCCAGGAACCCACGUGCUGCGCGGGCUGGAGGCAGAAGGGGGAUGAGUGUGGGAUCGCGGUGUGCGAAGGCAACUCCACGUGCUCGGAGAACGAGGUGUGCGUGAGGCCUGGCGAGUGCCGCUGCCGCCAUGGCUACUUCGGUGCCAACUGCGACACCAAGUGCCCGCGCCAGUUCUGGGGACCCGACUGCAAGGAGCUGUGUAUCUGCCACCCACACGGGCAAUGUGAGGACGUGACCGGCCAGUGUACGUGUCACGCGCGGCGCUGGGGAGCACGCUGCGAGCAUGCGUGCCAGUGCCAGCACGGAAUAUGCCACCCGCGGAGCGGCGCGUGUCGCUGCGAGCCUGGCUGGUGGGGCGCUCAGUGUUCCAGCGCGUGCUACUGCAGCGCCACGUCCCGCUGCGACCCGCAGACUGGCGCGUGCCUGUGCCACGCAGGCUGGUGGGGCCGUAGUUGCAACAAUCAGUGUGCCUGCAACGGGUCGCCGUGCGAGCAACAGAGCGGCCGCUGCCAGUGCCGCGAGCCAACGUUCGGCGCGCGCUGCGAACGCUACUGUCAAUGCUCACACGGCCGCUGCCACCCUGUGGACGGCACGUGCACCUGCGAGCCGGGCUUCCGCGGCAAGUACUGCCGGGAGCCGUGCCCUGCCGGCUUCUACGGCCUGGGCUGUCGCCGCCGGUGCGGUCAGUGCAAGGGCCUGCAGCCAUGCAAAGUGGCGGAUGGCCGCUGCGUGACCUGCGAACCUGGCUGGAAUGGCACCAAGUGCGACCAGCUGUGCACCACCGGCUUCUACGGCGAAGGCUGCAGCCACCGCUGCCCGCCCUGUCGCGACGGGCACGCCUGCAACCACGUCACUGGCAAGUGCACGCGCUGCAACGCGGGCUGGAUCGGCGACAGGUGCGAGACCAAGUGCAGCAAUGGCACUUACGGCGAGGACUGCGCCUUCGUGUGCGCCGACUGCGGCAGCGGCCACUGUGACUUCCAGUCGGGGCGUUGCCUGUGCAGCCCUGGCGUCCACGGGCCUCACUGUAACCUGACGUGCCCGCCGGGGCUUCAUGGCGUGGACUGCGCCCAGGCCUGCAACUGCCACGAGGACUCCUGCGACCCAGUCACCGGUGCCUGUCGCCUGGAGACCAAUCAGCGUAAGGGCGUGAUGGGCGCGGGCGCGCUGCUCGCUCUGCUCCUGGGUCUGCUGCUCUCCCUGCUCGGCUGUUGCUGCGCCUGCCGCGGCAAGGAUCCUGCGCGCAGGGAGCUCUCUCUUGGGAGGAAGAAGGCUCCGCAGCGACUCUGCGGGCGCUUCAGCCGCAUCAGCAUGAAGUUGCCCCGGAUCCCGCUCCGCAGGCAGAAGCUACCCAAGGUCGUAGUGGCCCAUCACGACCUGGAUAACACACUCAACUGCAGCUUCCUGGAGCCCCCAUCAGGGCUGGAGCAGCCAUCCCCAUCGUGGUCCUCCCGGGCCUCCUUCUCCUCCUUCGACACCACCGACGAAGGGCCUGUGUACUGUGUGCCCCACGAAGAGGCGGCAACGGAGAGCCGAGACCGGGAAGUCGCCAGCCCCCCUGCCGAGGCGCAAGGACAGUCCCCUGCGCCGGUGACCACGCCAGCGCCCUCCGAGGAGGCGGCGCCCCUCCCCGCAUCCUCUGACAGCGAGAGGUCCGCAUCUAGUGUGGAGGGGCCUGGCGGGGCUCUGUACGCACGCGUGGCUCGGCGCGAGGCCCGGCCGGCCCGGGUCCGGGGAGAAGCUGGUGGCCUGUCGCUCUCGCCAUCUCCCGAGCGCAGGAAACCACCGCCACCGGACCCCGCCACCAAGCCCAAGGUGUCUUGGAUACAUGGGAAGCACGGCGCCGCUGGCGCUGUUCCUGCGCCUUCACCACCACCCCUGGGCCUCGAGGUGGCGCCCAGCCCAAGCAAGAGGAAACGGACGCCAAGCGACACAUCUGCAAGGCCAGAGGAGCCCGGCAGCCCUCGGACCCGCAACCCGACUCUACGGCCCCCAGGGCUGGCCGAAGAGGAGCCAGCCCUCCUCGCGCCCUCGCCACCCCGGGCUCGGGCUCGGGGCCGCGGGUCUGGCCUCUCGGACCCCAUGGACAUUAACGGUCCCCCGCGCAGCGCGCCUGAGGCCGCCUCCAUGCUGGCUGCGGAGCUGCGCGACAAGACUCGUAGCCUGGGCCGCGCCGAGGGAACCCUGGGCGCACAGGGUCCCCGGGAGAAACCGGCACCGCCGCAGAAGGCCAAGCGCUCUGUGCUGUCCGCCUCCCCGGCCCCCGCGCCUGAGGCCCCAGGGCCCGAAAAGGUGGCAGAUGGCGCACCCGUGCCGGACACCCCCCGGAAGAAGACCCCCAUCCAGAAGCCACCGCGCAAGAAGAGCCGGGAAGCAGCGGGCGAGCUGGGCAGGGUGGGCGCGCCCACCCUGUAGAAGGCGGCGGCCCGGCCACGCCCACAGCCUCACCCGGCUUCGCAGCGCUGCUUGCCACCUCUCGUUCCGCGCCCUCCCGGCGUCCCCGCAGUGGCCUGGGCUCGACAGCCUCGCUGGGUGGGGCCUAGGCCAGAAGGGUACGGAGGGAGACUGCAUCUCAUUAGCUCAGGCCCCAGCGGCGGCUCCCAUUCGUCAAGGCCUGACUGGCGCUUAGCUGGCGACUCCCUUUGCAUUGGCCAAAUUAUGUAGGGCUCCGGCCAGCCCGGGUCUCAAAGGCCAGGACUAGGCGGUUCUACCUAGAGACCACCUCUUACAAGUGUGCACUUGUCUGGGCCUGCCCUCUCAUUGGCUGAGGCCAGAAGCACUUCUGCCCCGUUUGUCUCUCGUUGCCAGGGCCUGGUGCCUAUGGCUGGAGUCUCCUUUCCUUGACCUCAAGCCCAGGCUGUUUCCACUGGUGGGGCUUCAGGGCAUCUGGUUGACCUGAGCAUGGGGAGGAGGACUGGUCUCUGCUCCUCAGGCGUCUCAGCACCCUGGGUUCAGUCUUUCCCCCCUCCCCCUCCCUGCCACCCCUGCCCCAGCCUUCCCAGCCCUGGCCCCUCAGCUGUCAGCUGGUUUUGAUGGCCUCCCGCCAUGCCACACACUGGUGGGAAUCCGAGGGGCACUCCAGUAUCUUGAGGAGACAUAUUUAUAGGCCCCCUGCAGGACUGCUCCCACCUCAUCUGGGUGCCCCAGGAUGGGCUCCACCCGGCAGGGGCUCAGCCAAAGCUUUCUUAAUAAAGUGCCUUUUUCCCUCUG